AUGAACUUAGUUAUUCUUGAACGUACAAAAUGUGUAAGCUUUCAGAUUAGACUACACCAAAGGGUAGUUGUACUGAACAAUCCAGGCACUAGUAUGAUUGCGGCAACCCUCCGCCAAAGCACUACCAUACAAAGUAUGCUCAAGGUCGUCCUCCGUCUUGCUGUGCUUCUCGUGUCUUUCGAUCAUAACGACGUCAUUUCGUACCUCACUACGGAUUGA